AUGCCAGGCCCUGUGAGAGGCUCCGUGGACAUGGCAGGGUCGGUGUAAUAGGAAAAGUCAGACUCUGAGUCGAGUGGACCACAUGGAAAGCGGGCUUUCUCGGCCUAGCCCAGCCUCACCAUGGUGGACGCCUUCGUGGGCACCUGGAAGCUAGUGGACAGCAAGAAUUUCGAUGACUACAUGAAGUCGAUUGGUGUGGGUUUUGCUACCAGGCAGGUGGCCAACAUGACCAAGCCUACCACAAUCAUCGAAAGAAAUGGGGACACUGUCACCAUAAAAACACAUAGCACCUUCAAGAACACGGAGAUCAGCUUCCAGCUAGGGGUGGAGUUCGACGAGACAACAGCGGAUGACAGGAAGGUCAAGUCCAUCGUGACGCUGGAUGGAGGCAAACUUGUCCACCUGCAGAAGUGGAACGGGCAAGAGACAACACUGGUGCGGGAGCUAGUUGAUGGGAAACUCAUCCUGACACUCACCCACGGCAGUGUAGUUUGCACUCGUACUUACGAGAAGGAGGCAUGACCUGUCCACUCCUUCACCGACUGCUCCUCUGCCAAUCGACUAGCCCUGGACUCAGCACCGAAUUGCCUCAUUUUUCCCUUUGGCGUUUUGUAUAAAUCCACCUGGGUUGGGGAAAUUCUUCUGGGGUCAGGCGACACCAGCCUAGAUCCGUUUCUGGCUCCCAGUGUGUAUGUUUGUUUUUUCAACUGCAUCCAAAGGGUGCUCUAAGGUCAAUAAAGCAGAGCCAAGGUCACCAAAUUGCCUUUUUGCCUUUGGUGACACGA